AUGUGUGUGGCCAACCUCAACGUCUCGACGCAACCUUGCUCCCACCGCUGGUAUACCCUUGUGAAACCCUGCACAAACACAACAAACCUCUCCAACUGCUCAUCAAAACUCGCCCUCGAAGGCUGGGAAACAAGACUAGAAUCAUGCCCAUGGUGCGAUGAUUCUUCCUCUGACUCUGGCAUUCUCGACGACAGUACACAUCGUUUGUUCGGCGGCAGCAUCUCUCGCUCUCGCAGUGGGAGUCUAGGAACUUCUGGUGUUAAUGCUAUGCCAAUGUCUACUGAACGCCACAGACGCCAAAGCAGUGCGACAAACUCGACCACAUCAUUGCCCAGAAGCAGCAGCAGUCGCGUCUUGCAAGACGAUGAUGCUGAAGCUGAAGAACUCGGUAGAGGCGAAAAGGCUCGCAUGAUGAACUGGCGAUUGGAUGUUUACCUGAUGGCCAACCCUGAGCGUAAACAACGCUUACUCCAAGACGAAGAGAAUGUCGCACCAGAAACUUCCGUGUCUGAGCAGAAUGGUCUCGGUAGAUCUGGCAGCAUCCGAAGAUCUGGUAGUUUGCUGGGCAGGAAAAUGAAGAGGGGUAUGCGUUUGAGCAAGACCAUCUUCAAGGGCUGA